AUGCAAAAUCCUGUUGUUGGCUUACCAAGAUUCGAGCGUCGUUUGACGGGUCCUCGGGCUGCCCCAGGUACUACUUCUGGUGUUCCUCCGUCGUUGCCUAGAGUGUCUACUUCUGGUUUUUCGUCUAGCGGAAACGAAGACGUGGAGAAGAAGCAGAUAGAAUCUCCUAUUAAUAUCGAUGCUCACAGCCUUCCAUCGGCAAAAAAAAUAACAAACAUUGGAUCUACUAGUUCUCAACUCGAUCGCUCAUCGCCUAGCAAACAACAUCGGGUCCGAUUUGCUUUUCCAGAGAACUUGAAUUUCAAUCGACGUCCUUCCCCUCCAAUCACUUAUAACGAUCGUCACCUACCUCAUCACACAUUCCCUUCUGUACCAUUUAUAGAGCAAGGAAGUGCUUUUGAUUCAGAUGCAAUCGAGAGCUCUUCCAACGUUGAGCCGGUAUCGAACACUGAUCAACACCCUCAACAUUAUCCAUUCGACUCUUAUAAAUCAAGUAAUGAUCACUCUCGACCAAUCCCUAGAAAGUUGCCUUCCACCAAACAGCUUCCUAUAGUCUCUGCCCAUCACAUAAACGCUGAAACUUCCAGCUUGGAAUCGCAUCAAGAUACCACCGGCGAUGAGGACUUUGCAUCUGGCCCUUCCUCCGCUUCCAAACAAUUUAAUCGUAUUCUUCCCAUGCCUCCCGUACAGUUCUCUUGCUCUGGUCCUGCUAAUAAAUCCCACCUUCACCGCUCCAAUUCAGAGAAGUCUUGUUACGCCUGUGGCUUAUCCCUUCGUGCUGGUCGUAUAAUCACUGCUGCAAAUAAGAAAAUGCAUCCUAAUUGCUUUCAAUGUGCUACUUGCUCUCAAAAAUUAGAGCAUGUAGGUUUUUUUUUUCGCGACGACAACUUUUAUUGUCAUUUAGAUUACCAUGAGCAAUUUAGUCCACGCUGUAAAUAUUGUACGACUCCUAUAGAGGAUCGGGCAAUUCAUAUUGGUAACGACUGGUUUCAUGAAAAUCACCACUUUUGUGCUGGCUGUUCAGAAAACUUUCGGGAAAACAGCCCAUGUAUAUUUCGCGAUGACUUAUAUUGGUGUCAAAACUGUUAUGAUAACAAAUAUGCUGUUAAGUGCAAGAAAUGCAGAAAGCCUAUUUUAGGGGUAAGCGUCAAUGGAAUAGACGGUGAAUAUCACCACGAUUGCUGGAAUUGCGGUGUUUGUAAUCGUUUACUCGGUGAUGAUGGUUAUUUUGUCAUAGAAGGCACACCUAUUUGUCGCUCUUGUAAAGCAAUUUCUGUCAAAUUCAAUUUACAAUGA